AUGACACUAAAAAAAACCUUCCACGAGCUAUUCGGAGACGACAGCGAUGACGAACCAGCUCCGUCUCCUCCAAUACCAACCACGUUCACCGAAAUCCCUGGCCUACACCUGUAUCGCGACCACUUGCCGCAACCCUUAUUAAAUCGCCUCCUCAUCACAGUCCGAGCAAUGCUAAAUCCAUCAGAGGGACGUAAUCAGGCUAUGCUAUUCGGUAACUUCCCUCCUGACAUGUCUGAGCUCGCUGACAUCUGUAAACCACUGCUGCCAACAUCUUUACGUGAACGACAACCUGCUUUCAAUCAGUCGAUUGUAAAUCAUUACGAGCCUGGUGAAGGGCUAGCGUUUCAUGUGGAUUUGAUGCGGUUUGAUGAUGGGAUUAUAGUUGCCUCGUUGAUUGGAACAUGCAUGUUUCAAUUUCGACGGACGUGUACAUGUAGACCUGGUGGUAGUGUGGGAUGUACAUGUGGACGUGUCGGCGUUGACUCAGAUAUCGUCUCUGUAUUCCUCUCAGCCGGUGAUAUCAUAUUACUCACGGGGAAAUCACGCUAUGACUGGGAACACGGCAUCCGCGCGGAUUUGCAGGACGUGCAUCAAGGUGUCACGUAUACCCGAGUGUCCAGACUGAGUGUGACUCUCAGGAGACAUUCAGAGUGA